AUGUAAUAAAGAUAAAGAAAAAUUUCUGCUAUUUUUAAAAGAGUAAAAGAACGUUCAGUAUAAAUGGCUGUUGAAAAAGUAGAAGAAUGGAGAAAUUUAUUUUAAAAUGGUAAACUUGAUAAUUAAGGAAAUCUUAAAAAAUUAUCACUUUAAUAAGCAGCUGAAGAAGUUGGAAUUCCUAAAAAAACAUUAGAAGAUUAUUAUUAAUUGAUAAAGUAUACUUUAAUAAAAUAUAAAGAAAAGCAAAAGAAAUUUAACCAAUUGAAUAGUUAUAUGAUCAUAAAAUGGGUUAUUUAAGAUAACUUAUAAAAUAGAGUUAAAAUUUUAAAUAAAAUGUUAUUGAAAUAGAAUCUGAAGAUUAAUAAUAAGUUGAUUCUGAUAGUGAUAAUGAAAUUCAAUAUCCAAUAGAAUAAACUAAUUUUGAUUAUGAGGAAUACUUUAACCUUGGGAAUGAUUAUAAUUUGGAUCAAAACUCUGUUGUAAUGACUGUUCACACUAGACCUUAAAUUAUAUAGAUUCAUUCAAAGAAAGUUGACCCUUGGGAAAAUGAAACAUUGAGUUGUGAUUCUGGUUAAGAAACUGAUGAUGAAGAAUUCUGA